AUUGGAAAUGAUGUAAACAUAAAUUUAUGAACAUAACUCUUGACUAUAUUUUGAAAUUUCAAAAUAUUGAUCAAACACCAUCAUGGCAACGUAACACAACACCAGUAGAAAUAUUUACCAAAAUUAGUAUCAAGUCAAGUGAUUAAUACUCGAAGCACUACUGCCACAAUCUAUUGAACGUUUAAACAAAAAAAAAAAAAACUCAAUAAUUAUUUGAAACAAGUCUGAAUAAAAUGAUUGUCCCCUCAUGCGUUAAAUAAAAAUUCAUUAUCGCUCAGUGAUUUGUAAAAGAAAAUGCACGUUCAACUAUAAAAUAGAAUCCGUGUAAUCAAUUUAAAAGCUUACGUACAUUUAUCUAUAUCUAUAUAUAUAUAUCUACAUAUAUAUGUCUAUAGAUAUAAAAAAUUUAUCUACACAAAGAAAACUCCUUUUACUCGGUUUCGUGUUUCGCAUUUUUUCGUGAAUUGAAUUAAUAAUGAGACUUCUCAAGUUUUUGCUGCGUUAUUUUCCGCCAGGAAUAGCUUUGGAAUACAUACAAAGUGGGGAAGUUAAAACUAAAAUGAUUGAUUUGCUCGAUCUUGAUGCUAAGACAGACAUAAAAGCAUUGGCGUUGACUAUAAAAAAUAACGAGCCGAUAAUAACCGACAGUGUGAUGGAACAAUUAGAGGAGACGUUGUUGAAACUGCAGUCGAAAGUAUGCGAUGACAAUAUAAAACAUUACUACAAGUACAAGACACUCAAGACCCAUUUGUUGCCGCUGACUAACAUUGCGUUUGAUAAAUUAGGUAAAAGAUGCCUGACGGGCAGCUAUGACCGAACUUGUAAAGUUUGGGACAUUGACAGUGGAAAGGAGCUUCUUACUCUCGAAGGCCAUAAGAAUGUAGUCUAUGCCGUGUCCUUCAACAACCCGACUUCCGACAAAAUACUGACUGGGUCUUUUGAUAAAACUGCGAAUCUCUGGUGCUCACGCACUGGCCACUGUUAUCACCAGUUUUGGGGUCAUGACGCUGAAGUUGUUGCCGUUGAGUUUUCUCCAAGUCAAUUGAGAAUAGCCACUGGCUCAAUGGACACUACUUCCAAAAUUUUUCAAAUUGAUACCGGACAAGAAGUCGGAACAUUGAAGGGCCAUUACGGUGAAAUAAUUUCGCUUCAUUACAAUAACGAUGGCAAUCAAAUAAUAACUGGUUCAUUUGAUAAUACCAUAAAUAUCUGGGACACUAGAAUUUUAAAAAAAAUCACAAGUUUAGUCGGACACGCCGGAAAAAUAUCAAACUGUCUCUACAGUUUUGACUGCACACUAAUAGCGUCAUCCUCGCUGGACAACACGGCCAAGAUCUGGGACGUCCGAAUGUGCGGUUGUCUCGGUACCUUGUCCGGUCACGAGGACGAGGUUCUAGACUUAGCGUUAAAUAACCAGGCCAGUAAAUUAGCGACAGCGAGUAGCGAUGCGACAGCGAGUCUUUGGGACAUCACCGGAGCUUUUAAAAAAAUUUUUACCCUCGAAGGCCAUCGGGAAGAAGUUUCUAAAGUUUGCUUUAGUCCGAAUGGCAGCAGUAUAUUGACUUCAUCACUAGACAAAACAGCUAGAUUAUGGUCAACAGAUACUGGCCGGUGUAUACAAAGUUUAGUUGGACAUACAGAUGAUGUCUUCAGCUGCGCAUUCUCGUAUAAUGGUGACACGAUAGUUACUGCAAGUAAAGAUAACACAUGCACCAUAUGGAGAUGACUCGAUUGGUUUCAAGUGAAAAAUUAACGUGCGUAUAAAUGGAUCAACCGGUUGGAUGAGGACAGGGAGUUGUAGUGAAUAUAAAAGAGGGAGAAAUGGCCUCGUCGAGCAAUUAGAGCAUUUAAACGCGUCGGGUUAUCGCCGUAAUAGCCUUUCGUGAGUGUCUUACUAUUAUUAUUAUCAUUAUCAACUGUUUUUUAUUUUA